AAUUCUUGUUACAAAGAACAUAGUCCGGUUUUCUGUGUUACUAAACAUCCCUUAAAUCUCUCUCUAAAUUCGCUCCUUCUGUUCUGGACAAGGUCAAUAUUUCGGGCACGGAUCGUCGAAAUUCGGUAAUCAAGUCGUUUCAAAUCAGUCAAAUUAUUGUGUUAAUGUCAUAAAUUAAAUUCGCAUAUUUUCUCUCCAAAUUUAUUGUAUUUAAACUGAAAUAAUGAGCACCGAUUUGGUUAAGGUCAGCUCUUCCGAACAUUGGUUGACAAUGAUGAUGUGCACCGUCUGCGAAAAAGUUCCAGAUGAGUCGCCAAUUUAUAAAUGCGAUAUGGGGCACUUCAUGUGUAAUAAUUGCGAGAAGAUACUCAAAGAGAGUGGUCUCCUUCCGAAGUGUGGGAAGUGCUACAGUUUGGACUUGACGAAGCAUGUUAUCUGUUUAGAUUUCUUACGCAAAUUACGAGUUAAGCCCGGAAUUGGUCGCAGUAGGAGAUACUACAAUCGGCAUUCGGUUGAGUCAUCAUCUGCAGAUACAAGCGCGAGCAACGAUAUCACGAUGGAAAAACUUUUUCAGCUGGACCGGUUCCAAAUCCAACAGUUAUUUGGGAAGAAGAGAAACAAUUCCAAGGUGUUACCGUGCCAUAUUAAACUGGAGAGGGGAGAUCUUUGUGCCGAUUUAGGUAGAAGCUGUUCGAUCGGCACAAUUCCCCAAAGUUCGCCGUCGGAGUUUAGUCUGUCUAAGAAACCAAUAAUUUGCCCUCACGGUUUCUGUCGAAAAAUGGUCACUAUAUCUUCAUUUGUCCAACAUUUCAAAUACGAUCACCCCGAAAUUCGGUCUUAUAACUGCGCGAGAGGGAAAGAACUCUGGUUAGAUCACAACGUCCAGGAUAUCGAGUAUAAUUUUACUCGAUGUCUGGCAGUUAUUGACGUAGUGGACAUAAACCAAUGCGAAACGUUUUGGUUAAUGGUGUCUGGUUCACCAGAUGACGACCAUUGUAAGGCGUACGUGAUUUAUUGGCUCUUAUGCAAUGCAACCGCACACUCAAAUUCGACCAUCGAACUUUCCUCUUAUUUGGAAAACAUCAGCUAUUCUACUUUUUGUCCCGCUACUCGAAUUUACGAUAGCUACGACCCAUUAGACGUCGCGCGAACUGUAAGCUGUCUAUAUGUCGACUACUCGUCAAUGUGUAAUAUUAUAAGCGAAGGUCCCAAGCUGCAUUUGCGAAUUAUUAUAUAUUGAUUCUUUAUGAGUUUGCGGAGUGUUAUAAAGUAUAUACGCAAGCAUGCAAACGUCACUUGAACAUUUAGCUUCAUUUUUCUUCUUAUAGAUUUUCAAAUUGAAUUAGGAAGCUUGUUGGCAUUGAUUACUUUAGGUUUUAUUCAUAAUUCAAAUUUUCGUAAUAAAAUAGAAAUGGGAAUGCAUUGACAUAAUCUCGCGAGACUUUUAUUAUUAUCGUAGGAAGUUUAGGACACACGUGGAAUUUAGAUAGCUUAAAAAGAGGUCUAAGGCACUACGGGGAAAAACACGUAGAUAUGGUAUAAUUUACUAUGCUUUGUUGGUUUGAGAACAGAUUGUUGAGAGCAAAACACUUUUCGGGCACUGGCCCCCCUCCCCUCAUUUCUUUAUAACUUCAUUUUAAGUUUUUAAUAUGUGGGAGAUAUUUGAAAAUGCGUACGUUUGUACGUUGUGUAUCUACUUUUAAAAGUAAAACAACUUGAACCUAUGUUUUGUGGUUUUCACCGUGGUCCGUGUGCCCUCUUUUUAUUAGAUUUCAAACGUUAAUUUGGUUCGUGUAAUUAUGUUAAGACUUAUCAAACUUGCUAGUUCGUAAAGAGUGUAAUGAAAUGACUAUAAUGAGAUUAUACUUUAGUAAAUAAUAAACGUACCGCUCUGCUUAGUGCCCUGCGCCGUAUGAAACAGGUCGAUGUAUAAAAUC